AUGGCUUCCGGACUAGAAAAUUAUGUGAACCAAACAGUGUCAGUGAUAACUUCUGACGGUCGAAACUUUAUUGGAACUUUAAAAGGAUUUGACCAAACUAUUAAUAUAAUAUUGGAUGAAUCGCACGAAAGAGUGUUUUCUUCAUCGUCUGGUGUGGCGCAGGUAGUGCUCGGACUUCAUAUAAUACGCGGUGACAAUGUAGCAAUCGUUGGUCAAAUAGACGAAUCUAUAGACAGCAGAUUAGACCUUGGAAAUAUCAAAGCAGAACCGUUGGGAUCUAUUGUUCACUAA